AUGAAGAGGUUUUCCUUUUCCCACGGAACGGUGUUGACGAUUAUUCUCGUUUUGCCGGCGGCGAUAUUGUUCGGUUCUGAUAUUGCGGCAGCUUCCGCCGGUGAUCCCACCGAUGGUUUCACGGAGGUGCCGUUGAAGCCGUCCAACAUUGCCCUCCAGAAACCAUACGACGUCCCUCUCGACCAGCGCUACAGCUUCAUCGACGGCGUUCACCGGAUGUGGGUCUACUCCGACGACAAGCCUUUCAGUCGCCACAGCGACACCCAGCCUCGUACUGAAGGACUUGAUUAUCAUUCGGGAGUAUGGCAAAUGGAAGGCCACGUGUACGUCCCCAAGGGCACAUCGGGAUCCAACUUCGUCGUCCAACGACCGUACGACGUUCCUCUGAGUCAACGCUAUAGCUUCGCCGGCGGCACUCACCGCCUGUGGGUCUAUGCCGACGACAAGCCACAUGAUCGGAAAAGCCAUACCCAACCACGUACAGAAAUCCGCAUCACUGGGUUGAACUACAAGUCGGGAGUGUGGCAGUUCGAAGGGUACGGUUUUGUACCCAACGGCACGUCGGGAGCCACCGUAGCUCAGAUUCACGGCUCGGCCCACCGGAACACCACGAUGAUUCUGAGGGUCUACGCGCCGGGAGAAAUGAGGUACUACAGCUAUCUCCACGUGGCCGACGGGCUAUACGACAGGUGGUUCCGGCUGAACAUGAUCCACGACGUCGACGGCGGCAAGGUGACCGUGUUCUUGGACGGCGAGCAGAACAAUACCCAGCCCCGCACCGAAAUCCACAUCGCGGGGCUGGACUACUCGUCGGGAGUGUGGCAGUUCGAAGGCCACGGUUUCGUCCCCAACGGCACGUCGGGAGCCACGGUGGCUCAGAUCCACGGCGCGGCCCACGGCAACACCACUUUGCUUCUGAGGGUCUACGCGCCGGGAGAAAUGAGGUACUACAGCUCUCUCCACGUGGCAGACGGGCUUUACGACAGGUGGUUCCGGCUGAACAUGAUCCACGACGUCGACGGCGGCAAGGUGACCGUUUUCUUGGACGGCGAGCAGAAGUUCCAGUACCACGACCAAGGUCCCGGCGACUUGUAUUUCAAAUGUGGCGUUUAUGGGGCUCCGGCUAAUAUUAGCUAUUACAUGGAGGCCAGGUGGCGAAACAUCAGAAUUUAUAGAAAGUAUUGA